AUGGCCAGCACCACGGAUGACACAUCGAAUUGGUGGUUCGGGUCUAAUUAUGAUUUUCUAAAUUUCACUGGCUUGCCACCUGUAGAAGAAGAUGUCAGGCCCUGCAGGAGAGACAUUGAGACACUCAACAAGUACAUUGUGGUUGUCAUCUAUGCCCUGGUGUUCCUGCUGAGUGUGCUGGGAAACUCUCUGGUGAUGCUGGUCAUCCUGUAUAACAAGGUCAGCCGCUCUGUCACUGAUGUCUACCUGCUGAACCUGGCCAUUGCUGACCUGCUCUUUGCCCUGACCUUGCCCAUCUGGGCCACCUCCAAGGCAAAGGGCUGGAUUUUUGGCACACCCCUGUGCAAGGUGGUCUCGCUCUUGAAGGAAGUCAACUUCUACAGUGGUAUCCUGCUGCUGGCCUGCAUCAGUGUGGACCGCUACCUGGCCAUUGUCCAUGCCACACGCACACUGACCCAGAAGCGCCAUUUGGUCAAGUUCAUAUGUCUGGGCAUCUGGUCACUGUCUGUGAUUCUGUCACUGCCCCUCUUCCUCUUCCGCCAGGCCUUUCCUUUGUAUGAUUCCAGACUAGUCUGCUAUGAGGUGUUGGGUAGUAACACAGCAAAAUGGCGGAUGGUGCUGCGGAUCCUGCCCCACACUUUUGGCUUCGUCCUGCCGCUGCUGGUCAUGCUGUUCUGCUACGGAUUCACCCUGCGCACUCUGUUUAAGGCCCACACGGGGCAGAAGCACCGGGCCAUGCGGGUCAUCUUUGCUGUCGUGCUCAUCUUCCUGCUCUGCUGGCUGCCCUACAACCUGGUGCUGGUCGCAGACACCCUCAUGAGGACCCAGAUAAUCAAGGAGACCUGUGAGCGCCGCAAUGACAUCAACAAGGCCCUGGAUGCCACCGAGAUUCUGGGCUUCCUCCACAGCUGCCUCAACCCCCUCAUCUAUGCCUUCAUUGGCCAAAAUUUUCGCCAUGGACUCCUCAAGAUCCUGGUGGCCCGUGGCCUUGUCAGCAAGGAGUUCUUGGCACAUCAUGGAAUUACCUCUUACACUUCUUCUUCUGUCAAUGGCCCUUCGAAUCUCUGA